AUGAAGAACAUAUUUUUUGUUUUUGCGAUACUUUUAAGCAAUGAAGGUGCUUUUACUGCAAGCUUGCGUCCAGAUCCAAGUGUUAACCUUAAAACAUUGGUAAAUAAUUAUGGUUAUGCGGUUGAGGUUCAUCAUGUGAUAACUGAAGAUGGAUAUAUUUUGGAAUUACAUCGAAUUCCUGGAGUGAUCAAUAAAACAUUUAGUGAAAGAAAAAAGAAAAAAGUGGUUCUAUUGUUACAUGGCCUCCUUGGUUCUUCAGCUACUUGGCUUGUUACGGGACCCAAACGAUCACUAGCUCUUAUUUUAGUUAAUAAAGGCUAUGAUGUCUGGUUGUUGAACAAUCGUGGAAGCACUUACAGUAGAAAACACGUGUCAAAAUUAGAAACAAGUAACAGAUUUUGGGACUUCAGCUGGCACGAAAUGGGGAUUUACGACUUGCCAACUACAAUAAAUUACGUUUUGAAUAAUACAAAUCAAAGGAACCUUAAUUUGGGCUGUUUUUCUCAAGGGUGUACUCAGACUUGUGUUAUGGGAUCUCUAAAACCCGAAUAUAAUAAAAAAAUCAAAUUUGUACUGGCGUUGGCUCCUGCUGUUUUUUGGACGUAUGUAGGAGGCAUAGUACGUUCAUUAAUACCAUUCACUAGGAAAAUGGUGAGUCUCUUCGAGAGAGUGGGAUAUCAUCAACUUUUUCCAGCCUUUACUCAACAUCGAAUUUUCCCAAGUUCUGUUUGCAGUGCGAAAAGCAUAAUUCAGCCUGCUUGCAUUUCCGCUAUAUUUUCAAUUAUCGGCAUUGGAUAUGAACAAUUGGAUCGGGCUAACCUGGAACAUUUUCUAAAGUAUGAGCCUGCUAGCGCUUCAAAUAAGCAACUGUUGCAUUACGCACUUGGAGCCUAUUAUCCUGGAACUUUUAGACUUUUUGAUUAUGGUUCCGAAAAAAACUUACAGUUGUAUCGUUCAAUCACACCACCGGACUAUCCCCUGGAAAACGUUAAUAUUCCAUUUGCUAUUUAUCACGGUCAAAAUGAUGUAUUAGUGGACCCCAAGGAUAUAGGUUUACUUAAACGAAGACUUCCGAAUAUCGUCGAUGCUUAUCUCAUACCUGGAAAAUUAAAUCAUUAUGAUUUAAUGAUGGGCCUGAAUAUUAACAAACUUUGCUAUGAACGUGCCGUGGCAUUAAUGGAAAAAUAUAAUUAA